AGCCGCCUCGUCAGCAGCAUCAGGACCACAAAAGAUCCCCAGGAGACAGCAAUGUGGAGGGAGAAGAUGGUGAAUGUAAACACGACGAGGGGAGGCAGCGCGUCGUUUUGUGGGACAGCAGUCGCCACUUGCGCGUGGUAAAACGAACUUUAAGGCGAUUCGGUGCGUAAAAACGCACAUCUAGAGCCACAAACGAAGGCAGCGGAGAUGCGACGGCUCCAACAACACUUGAUGGCACUGAUUUAGUCUCAUGACGACGCUUUUCAAACCUCUGCUGCGCUGCAAAGGACAACCACAAAACCGGAUUCCUCCCAUGUCGUCGCAUGUGACGGGCUUUCUUGUGUAAGAGUCGCAGGUUUCUAGUGGGAUGCACAUCAGUGUUUGGCCGUACUCGCUCUCCGUCGUAAUGGCAGCUCUGUACCAGGGCACGGACGCUUCCUCUCCGGACAAAUUUCUGGCCUUAAAGGACGUGAGAGAAGUGAAAGAGGAGACGACACUGGAUGAGAAGCUCUUCCUGCUGGCAUGCGAGAAAGGUGACUACUACAUGGUGAAGAAGCUGCUCGAGGAGAACCGACAUGGCGAGCUCAACAUCAACUGCGUGGACGUGCUGGGCCGAGACGCCGUGACCAUCGCCAUCGAGAAUGAGAAUCUAGACAUCCUGCAGCUUCUGCUGGAGCAUGGCUGCCAGGCGACAGAUGCUUUGCUAGUGGCCAUAGACUCCGAAGUGGUCGGAGCUGUGGACAUCCUCCUCAAUCACAGGCCGAGGAGAUCUUCCAAGCCCUCAAUUGCUAAACUGAUGCAGCGGAUUCAGAACCCGGAGUAUUCCACCACCAUGGAUGUGGCUCCGGUCAUCCUGGCGGCUCACAGGAACAACUACGAGAUCCUGACGAUGCUCCUGAAGCAGGACAUCUCGCUUCCCCGGCCUCAUGCUGUAGGCUGCGAGUGCACGCUCUGCAAUGCUAAAAACAAGAAGGACAGCUUGCGACACUCCAGGUUCCGCCUUGAUAUCUACCGAUGCUUGGCUAGCCCCUCUCUCAUCAUGCUGACUGAGGAAGAUCCAAUACUCAGAGCCUUUGAGCUGAGCGCAGACCUGAAGGAGCUCAGCCUUGUUGAGGUGGAGUUCAGGAACGACUAUGAGGAACUGGCGAAGCAGUGCAAGAUGUUCGCCAAGGACCUGCUGGCUCAGGCUCGAAACUCUCGGGAACUCGAAGUGAUUCUCAACCACACGUCCAGCGACGAUCACGUGGACAAGAGAGGUUUACUGGAGGAGCGAAUGAACCUCAGCCGACUCAAACUCGCCAUCAAGUACAACCAAAAAGAGUUCGUGGCUCAGUCCAACUGUCAGCAGUUCCUCAACACCGUCUGGUUCGGAGAGACGGCCAGCUACCGCCGCAAACACACCUGUCUGAAGAUGGCCACAGUCCUGAGCGUGGCGAUGCUUUGGCCGCUGCUUUCCGUCUGCUACCUUCUGGUGCCGCGCUCCCGAGUCGGCCAGAUAAUACACACGCCUUUCGUGAAGUUCAUCAUCCACAGCGCCUCCUACUUCACCUUCCUGCUGCUGCUCAACCUGUACUCUCUGGUCUACAACGAGGGCAAACAGAACACAAUGGGCCCCGCACUGGAGAUGAUCGAUUACCUGCUCAUCCUCUGGAUCAUAGGAAUGGUGUGGUCGGACGUAAAGCGUCUGUGGUACGUGGGGCUGGAAGACUUUCUGGAAGAGUCGAGGAACCAGCUGAGUUUUGUGAUGAAUUCCCUUUACCUGGCCACUUUUGCCCUCAAGAUUGUUGCGCAUAGCAAGUUUAAAAAUGCCCAGGACACGGACAGGAAGAACUGGGAUGCCUUCCAUCCCAUCCUGGUGGCUGAGGGCUUGUUUGCCUUCGCCAACGUCCUGAGUUACCUGCGACUUUUCUUCAUGUACACCACCAGCUCUAUACUGGGGCCACUACAGAUCUCCAUGGGUCAGAUGCUGCAGGAGUUUGGGAAAUUUCUGGGCCUCUUCCUGCUCGUGUUGUUCUCCUUCACGAUUGGACUCACGCAGCUCUAUGGAAAGGACCAGAAAGACCCAGACAAGAAUCAAACCAAGGACUGCGAGGGCAUCUUCUGCCAGCAACAGAGCAAUGAUGCAUUCCACACGUUUAUGGGGACCUGCUACGCCCUGUUCUGGUACAUCUUCUCCCUGGCACAUGUUGCACUCUUCGUCACCCGCAUCAGCUACACGGAGGAGCUGCGAUCUUUUGUGGGCGCCAUGAUCAUCGGCACCUACAACAUCGUGGUGGUUAUCGUGCUGACCAAGCUGCUGGUUGCAAUGCUCCAUAAAAGCUUCAGACAAAUUGCCAAUCACGAGGAUAAGGAGUGGAAGUUUGCUCGGGCCAAACUGUGGCUUAGCUACUUCGAUGACAAGUGUACCCUGCCUCCUCCGUUCAACAUCCUGCCCUCCCCGAAGACCGUCUGCUACUUGUUGACCAGCAUGAGCAAGUGGAUCUGCUCACACACCUCAAAGGGCAAAGUGAAGAGACAGAAUAGCCUUAAGGAGUGGAAGAACCUGAAGCAGAAGCGAGACGAGAACUACCAGAAGAUCAUGUGCUGUCUGGUUCACCGCUAUCUGACCUCCACGCGGCAGAAGAUGCAGAGCACAGACCAGGCAACGGUGGAAAACCUGAACGAUCUGCGCCAAGAUCUGUCCAAGUUUCGCAACGAGAUGAGGGACCUGUUAGGUUUCCGGACGUCCAAAUACGCCAUGUUCUACCCAAGGAGCUAAAAAAAAAAACAAACAGACUAGUUGCUCUUUCCCUUCCCUGCCUUUUGAGAAAACCUUUGCUUCUUGUUUAUCUGGGAUGCUGUGUGACCCGAGCAUGUGCAACAAAAAGAAAAAAACAAACUCUGCUCUUUUUGAGUCACAGAGGCGACUUUUAAACCUGGAACUAGAUAAUUAUAUAUUCACCACCAAAGCCUCCAGACUCAGGCCCUUCCUUAUAUCUAUCAUUCAGCUAUUUAACCUCGUUUGUAAAUAUCAAAGCCAUUGUUUUCAACAGAAAGCUAAAUAAAGAUUUGUGGAAAAAUUUGA